AUGCAAUCAUUAGAGCAUCUCGGAAUCGAGCAUCUCCAGCCAUUACGCCGAGCGCUGAUAAAUUUCCUCUCCGCGCCAAUCACGGAAUUCACCUGUGCUCAAAUCAUUGACGGACAGCCUACCAGUGACGUCUACGCCACCGACCAUUACGUUAGAGAUGGCUUGGCCGUCUCAGACCAUGAGGAGCUAUGUCCCGGGUCUAAAGAGAAGGCGAGAGCAUUUCGCACAGACUUCAACGUGCUCGACCCAGUUUUGGGGCCCAAGAUUCUGCAAGCAUAUCAAGAAACCUUGCCAGCAUCUAUAGCAUGGAAGUUGCGGCUUCUUGAACUAGUUACCAGUGCUUGUCACGAUAUCGCCGUCCAUCUAUAUCAGAUGGAUGGCGGAGUCCAUAAACAUUGGGAGCAUGAGGAAUUUCUUGCUGAAAAGCUUGAAAGCCUUCCGGAAAAAUCUCUUGACCGGAAAGUUCUGCCUCUGCCCACGCUGUUCUGGAAUGGCAGGUAUGUGGACUCGUCCCGGUAUCCAAAUGGCCUGGCAGACGUUGUUGGAUACUGGGCAGAGACGCAGAUUUUUGGCGGCGUUAUUCUUUUUGAUCGUGGUGAGAGCGAAGAAGAGAUGAGCAAUAAUGCGUUCAUCAAGAGUUCGUGCUUUUCUGAUCUGAGGGACAGUGCAAUGGCAUAUACUUGCACAGCGGCCGUGGAGGACGCACUGGCAUCACCAUCGCACCCCCCACAAAAAGGCAAUUCGAAGACGUGCUACGAUACCUAUUGUCGCAAGGCCCAGACCACAAUCAAUCACCACAUCUUCAGAAAUCGGCACGAGGUCCCCGAAGGACCACGUCCGGGCACAAAGGACGUCAUCAACGCGUACGACUGGCCAGAAAGAAUCGAAGAGAUCAAAAUUCGAAGGGAGUUAGCAAAAAAGGAAUCCGGCGAGCCUUUUGACGAGGUCUUUUUGACUGCAGCCAUGGAGACAAACCGACAAACCACUCCAACCUCUAGGCUCUGGGAAUACCACAAAAAGGAAAUAAUGGAGCCGGAGCCCGACGUAAAGAAACAGGGACGUCCGCCAUACUUCUUCGACCCUGAGAAAUGA